AUGGAUCACUCCUUUUCCAUAGAUACAUGUCUGUACAGCAAGGAUGAUUUAUCAACAGCUAACCGAAAAAGUUCUAUAGAGUCCUUCAUCCGUUACGCAACCGAAGGCUCAAUAAAUAAACAAAUCGAACAGGAACUGGGAACAACAAAUAAUGAAGAACUUAAAAGUGAAAACAAAGAUGAUCGAAAAUUUACAAUACUUAAGAAAUGUCUGGACAAUUUAUCUAAAACCAUCGUCUCCGACACUCUGUCCUUCCUCAAAGAAUACUUCCAGAUAAAGGACACUUUCGAGUAUUCAGUACAUACCAGCAUAGAUACAUUUCACCAGGACCUAUCCAAAGUUUUAGAUGAUAGUGACCGAUCACAAACACGUAAGGACACUUUUGAAACAAAUGACCUCCCAAGUGUUGAUCGGAAUGCUUCUAAAACAUGUUCUAUUCAUCCAGUAUCAGAGACUUGCAGCAUUAGAGAACUUGUACCUGAAUCUGAAAUAGAGUAUGAACUUGACCCUGAGACACUAGAAAAAGCUUUAUUAGUAUUUGUUGACUACAGCCACAAGUUAGCAACAAAAGCAGUUGAAGAUAAUCGGCAUUUAUUUGCAGAUAAACUGAUUUGCAACAUUUUUAGGAGGUUGAAACAAGUUUAUGAUAGGAAUUAUGACAACAACUACACCAAUUCCCUUGAUUCCACAGGACGCUACCCACUUUUCAAUUUGAGCUUUAAUCUCCCUUCUGGGACCCCAAAGAGUGUAAGAAUUAGGCUAGAAGAAAUGUCGAAGGACCCUUUGUUUGUCAACAACUUGGCAGAGAGGAUAAUUAUUUUUGAUAUUAUGAACAGGUUUAAAAUGUUUGACUUGACAGAGCUAUGCUUUAAGUUCAACCAACGAAUAAUCGAGGAAUUGUGGCACUUAUCGGUACAUUCAGUAUUUUCUAAAACUAAUUAUGAUGUGGAAAGGCUAUUUCAAUGUAGAAACAGUAUUUUUACCACAGAAAAUGCCGAUAAAUUCCUUUACGAUAAAAAUCUAUCUUCCAAGAUAGAAUCAUUUACUGACGCAAAUCUUUAUCCUCAAGUGUCAGUCCACUCAAAUUACGAAACCAAAGAAUCCAAUCUCGAAAACUUACCAGAUUUGAAUAGUGAUGAUAUGAGUCAGGACCUUAACUCUCCAUGGCUUAGCUAUGAUAGUUCCAGAACAUUUAGGGACUUGGGUUCAUCGAGGGACAAGUGGCCUGAAGGUCUUUUCGUGGGUUCCCACGAUACUUUGAACUACAUUCUGAGGACUAAUCGUCUUUUAAACUAUGAAAGAAUUGAUCUUCUAAAGGGUCAUUUUAAUCUCAGGAAGACUGAGGGUUCUGGAUUCUGGGUUAAGGAGACCAACAAACCCCUCGAAACCUUUUACUUUUUGGAAAAAAACUGUGUUUCAAUAAAGGUCAGGGGCAAAUUGCCUUGUGACAUAAUAACUGCUUUAACUAUUAUUUCACAGACCGAGUUAAGACUUGAGUGGGUUUCAUUUUUGAAGGACAGUCAGGACCUACACACCUUUUCUAAAACUAGUCGUAUUUCUAGACAGGCAAGCCACUCAUAUAUAAUACGAAAAUAUGAAUACCCUGUCGUUGGACAUAAGGAGUCUCUUGUUUAUGCCUUAUCAACAAAUCUUCUUGAUGAGGCAAACUGCGUUAUAAUUUGUUGCUGCAAUCCUCCCUCAAACAAGAAAGAAUUCGAAACAGUCGUAAAGUCCAUGAGGAAGAGUGGUCUUGAGGACACGAGCGGUUUUAUUAGUCUGGACAGUAAGAACAACUGUACCUUAUCCAGGUACAAUAUCAGCAGUAGUGUACCAAAAAGGAAGAACCAAAAGUCUGGCGAUAUUUGUUUCCUUCUCUUCCCCUACGGCGAGAAUGAGACCUUAAUGGAGGUUUAUGGAAAUGUAACUCAGGAGGUAAAACUCGUUCCUAUGAAAUUUAUCACAUUCCUCAUCAAAAAGAUCAUGGUUGGCAUGAUCAGGAAGCUUGCGAACAUCUCCAAGGGCUUCUCUGAGACGAAGUUCGCUCAAUCAAUGUCGUCCAGGUCUGAAUUUUACGACUGGAUGGUUAAGAUUUACCGGGAUCAGAAGGGUAGUAAUCCUCAAUUAUCUACCUUCGAUUAUGAUAACUACGUCUACACCUAUAACCCUAUCGCAAAGAAGAGCUAG